AUGAAGCCGGUCUCCAAGGAAAAACAGGGGACAGUAUCUACCCCGGUGGCGCCAGCCGAGGAGCGGAAGAAGACGGCUAACUCUGAGUGGUCGGAGGUGGUAAGGAAGAAGACAAAAGGAGCAGCUACACCUCCCAAACAGCAGCAGCCACAGCAACAGCAGCAGUCGCAGGAGCAGCAGCAGAAGCAACAGCAGAAGCAACAACAGCAGAAGCAACAGCCGCCUCAGCAGCAGCAGAAGCAACAGCAGAAGCAACAACAGCAGCAGCAACAGCCGCCUCAGCAGCAGCAGAAGCAACAACAGCAGCAGCAACAGCCGCCUCUGCAGCAGCAGCAACAACAACAGGAACAGCAGCAGCAGAAGCAGAAAAAUGCAGUAGCCUUGGAAGACCAGGAAGAACAGCAGGUGGCAAAAAAAGCCAAACCUGCCAGUCCCAACAAAGAGGCAAACCAAAAGAACCUGCAGCCGCAACAGAUGGAGGUGGAAGAAAUGCCUCCUCCUAGUGCUUCCAAAGAGGAAGAGGCUUCAAAACAAAACAGUACUGAGGUAGCAGGGUCCCAAGCCCUCCCGGCAUCCCAGGACCAGGUGGAAUCCCAAGUUGAAAGUCGUCCCUCCUCCCCUUCUAGGGUUUCUUCACCUCCCUUCAACCUCUUCCGUUGCUUCGGUAACUACCCCACCUGGUACUUCCACCCUCUGCCCACACCUCCGCCUAUCUCCCCUCUCCCAGAUAAGAGAAAAAAAGAAGAGGAAAUUCUUUCCUGCGACAUUAGAUUUUUGUUCUUUCUUCUUCUUCUUCUUCUUCUUCUUCUUCUUCUUCUUCUUCUUCUUCUUUUCAUUAUUCUUAUUAUUAUUACUAUCACGGACCAGGUGGAAUCCCAGUUGAAAGUCGUCCCUCCUCCCCUUCUGGGGUUUCACCCCUCCACUUCAACCUCUUCCGUUGUUUCUGGUAACCACCCUACCUGGUACCUUCUACCCCUCUGCCCACACCUCCGCCUAUCUCCCCUCUCCCAGAUAAGAGAAAAAAAGAAGAGGGAAAUUCUUUCCUGGGCCGGACCUCAUUUGUACAUUCAACCAGUAUCUAUCUAUCUAUCUAUCUAUCUAUCUAUCUAG